AAUAGCUACUGCGUAUUCUAAACUUGCUGUGGAAGGAGGUGGUCAGCACUGCAUCUCCUCCACCUCAUGAAGCCUACCGACAUGGCUAAAGAAGGAGCGGAGAUGAUGGAGGAAACUGAACACAUGAUAGAGAAGAAUGAAGCAAAAGAAGCAGAAAAUGCGGUAUCUUCUGGAGGUGUUAAAGAAAUGCGAGCCGUGAUUUUGGCCGGUUUCGGUGGUCUGAACAAACUCCGGGUGACAAAGAAGGCGAUGCCCGAACCUCAAGAGGGAGAGGUGAAAAUUCGUGUCAAAGCAUGUGGCUUAAACUUCCUGGACCUGAUGGUACGGCAGGGAAAUAUUGACAAUCCUCCAAAAACUCCACUGGUGCCAGGUUUUGAAUGUUCUGGAAUAGUGGAGGCAAUGGGGGAAAACACCAAGGGAUUUGAGAUAGGGGACAGGGUGAUGGCUUUUGUGAACUACAAUGCUUGGGCAGAGGUGGUCUGCACGCCUCUGAAUUGCGUCUACAAGAUCCCUGAUGAGAUGACUUUCCCUGAGGCAGCAGCCUUCUCCGUAAACUUCGUGGCUGCAUACAUGAUGUUGUUCGAGGUCGCCAAUCUCCGGGAUGGCAUGUCUGUAUUGGUCCAUUCGGCAGGUGGGGGUGUGGGUCAAGCUGUGGCUCAGCUAUGUUCCACUGUACCCAACGUCACUGUGUUUGGAACAGCCUCAUCUUUCAAACAUGACGCCAUCAAAGACUCGGUGACUCACCUCUUUGACAGAAACCUGGAUUAUGUGCAAGAAGUUAAAAAGAUCUCUCCAGAUGGGGUGGACAUCGUCCUAGACUGCCUGUGUGGUGAAAACACUGGGAAAGGCCUGGGCCUACUUAAGCCCCUGGGAACAUACAUACUGUAUGGCUCAUCAAACAUGGUGACCGGGGAAACAAAGAGUUUCUUCAGCUUUGCAAAAUCUUGGUGGCAGGUGGAGAAGGUGAACCCCAUUAAACUGUACGAGGAGAACAAAGUCAUUGCUGGGUUCUCGCUCCUCAACCUCCUGUUCAAGCAGGGCAGGUAUGGCCUGGUGAGGACGGUUGUGGAGAAGCUCAUGGCCCUCUACAGCCAGAAGAAGAUCAAGCCUCUGGUGGACUCCCUGUGGGCGUUAGAGGAGGUAAAGGAAGCAAUGCAGAGGAUUCAUGACCGGGGCAACAUAGGAAAACUCAUUCUGGAUGUAGAGAAGUCCCCUACACCUUUGAUGGCCAGUGACAGCACAGAGACCAGCGAGGCCGGUGAAGAGGAGGAGGAGCACGAAGGGGACAUUGACAACAAGGAGCGCAUGCCCUUUAUCCAGUAAGACCAGGCUCUGCACUGUAGCCUGCUGGGCCCCCUCACCGAUGGAGCAGCGGAGAGCAGUCAUACCACCACAGACCCCCCUGCAUCAGAACCAACCAUCAUCUACUCAAACUGUACAGUGUGUGUAUGUGUGUGUGUGUGUCCGAGCGUCUCCGUCCGUCCAUUGUCUGUCUCUGACAUGUGGUUUGUAACGUGUGGAGAAACAGUAUGAGAACAAACUGUUAAAACACAACACCGUGGUUGUAAAAUCGGCUUAAGUGAUAUUCUCCUGCAGUGUUAUGAUGAAUACUUUAUUGCGGACCAAAACAGUGCUUGAGAGAUGCUUCAGAUUCGGAGGCAAGCUCUUGGGUAUUCUUUGCUUCCUGUUGCAAUCCCAGCAGGUAACCAGCAAUUAGGAAUGGAAAGUGUUUACAAGUGGUUGCUUUAUUAAGUGGCUAUUAGAGAGAAACAUUCGUUUAACUGCUAGUGUGGAAGAGUACAGUGAGAGACAUUGAAUGCAUCAAAGACAUGUUUCAAAGAAGAUUGUUUUGCUCUCACAUUUUGGUUGAUGGAAAGGAGAGGGGGAACAAACAAGCCUAGCUUUAUAUCUCAGUUUUCUUUCCCCUGAAUUAUGAUGACUUACUAACAAAAUUAUUUUUCAUUCACUAUACCACUGAAUACACAGCGGUAUCUGCCUCAGGGCAGAUUGCAGUUUCUCUCUACUUGCUGCCAUUGUUCUAAAAAGUCACUUUAGAAUGCCAUCUGUUACCUUCUUCCCCCUUCACUCACUUUAAAGGUGUAUGAGUUAGGAGAGGACCUAAGCUAUGCCACUGUUUAAAUGCUGUUUAAUACGUUGACCUAAUCAUCAGGGACCAGUCCUUGUACAGUAUCAACAUGGAAUCACCAGUGCCUUUGAGCUACAAGUUUGCAGUUGUCAUGCCGAGGAUGUUGUUGAUACGUAUCCAUUACAUAGACAUUAUUCUUCGGAAACCAUAAUUCAGUUUGAAUCCUGAGGUUCUACAGCAGGGUAAUAUCAAAACAUUGCAUUUAAUAUCGUUUUACAGUCAUAUAAAUGUAGGAUUGGGCCCCCAUAUUCAUAGAAAGUACAGAAAAGAAACUGUGGGUAGUGUUGUGGUCAGGUAAGGAUGAGAAGACUUUUGGGUCAACGUUAUUUUGAAUGUGUGUAAGGAGCCGUGUAAGAAGCCAUGUCAUGUUUACCUGCUAGUGCCUGUGCAUAGUGUUCAAUGUCUCACAAAGUGAAUUCCACUGAAGGAGAACUCAAGACAUGUUCACUCAACAGAAAAGCUGAGGUAGUGUUCAGAAAAGCAGUAUUUUAACCCAGUUGAGGUACUACAUAAGUAGGGAUAUGGUUCAUACAAAUCUCUUUAGAGAUGAAUUAUAAACUAGUAAAAUGACUAGGAAAGCUAUUAAUGUUUCACUGAUCUUCAACACACAUCAAAUCUAUGAAAAAGCAUCUGAGGAAAGGUCCCUCUAAUGUUGACAGUGUAUUUUGUAUCUCUGUGUUUUCCUGGUGUGGAAUGUAGAAUAACUUGAAGUGUGUAAGUGUGUGCGUAUUGCCAAGUCAUUAUGAUGAAUAGUUAACAUGCCUUAAAAGUAAAACAUUAAUUUUAAAAAUACUAUAGAAAUACAAAUGAAACAAUGUAGUGUAAAUGCAGCCUGCUUAUAGGUAGAUGUAGAUAUUGUUUACCUGUUGGUAUUAGUGUUAUGUUUUGUUGUACUGUACUGUAUGUAGAAGUCCAGUUUUGUUUACAUGAAUACAUUUCUAUGUAGAGCA